AUGGCCCAGAGUAAAGAUCAGAUAAUGAGUUCAAUCGACGUUCGUCGUGUUUCUACAAUUAACGUCCGACCAGCGAGUUACAUCGAUGAACAGGCCUCCGACACAUCCAAACGCAUGGAUCUAUUAUUUCUAAACGAUACAUAUAUGCAAAGGGGCUUUCUCUUCGCUCAGCAACAUGAUGAAGAAAAUAGUGUCAACGACAAGAUUAGUCAUCUUAAAACUUCUUUGUCACCAUCUUUGAAGGUGCAGAAUUUGUCCACGCCGCUGCAGACAUAUCCGUGGAGGACAUUAUCUCCACGACAUGUUCCUCAAGCCAUAAUAGAUCGAUUGUUUUUGCUCACUGGGGUUAGAAACUUCCAAGGUCAGUCGCAUCCAUUACUUUCAAUUCAAGUAACUGAAUUAACCAACGGCAUCUUUAUAGGGUGCAGUGCGAACCAUUGUGUAUGUGAUGGUACAUCAUUUUGGCAAUUUAUUAAUUCAUGGUCAGAGAUCACUAGUUGUUCUACUUAUUCAUGUCCUCCUCCGGUCUUUGAGCGUUGGUUUAUCAACAAAACAGAUUGCCCUCUCCGUCUACACCUCUCUUCUAAUGAAGUUCGGCCGCUUGACGGUCUUGUAGAGAGGUGUUUCCAUUUCACUAAGCCGAACAUUGCAGCAUUGAAAGCGAGGGUGACUUUAGAAAUCAUUUCCGAAACAAAACAAAACAUGUUGGUAAUCUCUUCAUUACAAGCAAUAUUAGCUUUAGUUUGGACAACAGUAAUACGCUCUAGGAGCUGUUUGAAUGAUAAUUGGGAUGAAAUUCGAGAACUUAAAAUUAAGAUACUGAUGAAUAGCAGAACUAAGUUGAUUCCACCAUCGCCUGAAACAUACUUUGGCAACUCAAUAGCAACCGGAAUUGUAACUCUGAAGGAGGGUGACCUGGUCAAGUGGCCGGGAUUCGGUUUCCUGGCUUCAAUGUUGAAUGAGGCGGUUAAAUCCAACAAUUAUGAAAAGAGUAGAAGUUUUACCGAAUCAUGGAUAGAGAAAUCUUUAAUUUCGAGUCCUGGUGGUUAUACAAGAAUUAUCGGCAAUAGAUUUUUGGCUAGGAGCUCCCGGUGGUUCAACAUGUAUGGAAACAAUUUCGGUUGGGGACAACCUAUUGCUAUAAGGACCGGCGCAAAUGGAAAUCUUAUGGAAUAA